CUCCCUCCCUCCCUCCCUCCCUCCCCCUCCCUCCCGGCUCCUGAACUCCAGCCCCUCUCUCUCUAUCAGCCGCUCACUCUGUCUCAAUAUGUCUCAAGAUGGCGGCCAAUGUGGGAUCGAUGUUUCAAUAUUGGAAGCGCUUUGAUUUACAGCAGCUGCAGAGAGAGCUCGAUGCCACAGCAACAAUAUUGGCUAACCGGCAAGAUGAAAGCGAGCAGUCUAGGAAAAAACUUAUCGAGCAAAGUCGCGAGUUCAAGAAAAACACUCCAGAGGACCUGCGCAAACAGGUAGCUCCAUUACUGAAGAGUUUCCAGGGAGAGAUUGACGCAUUGGGUAAAAGAAGCAAAGAAGCAGAGGCAGCCUUCUUGAAUGUGUAUAAGAGAUUAAUUGAUGUUCCAGAUCCGGUUCCAGCCUUGGAUUUAGGACAGCAGCUCCAGCUGAAGGUUCAGCGUAUGCACGAUAUUGAAACAGAGAACCAGAAACUUAGGGAAACUCUAGAGGAAUACAAUAAGGAAUUCGCUGAGGUGAAAAAUCAGGAGGUUACAAUAAAAGCACUUAAAGAGAAAAUCCGGGAAUAUGAACAGACCCUGAAGAACCAAGCUGAGAAUAUAGCGCUUGAGAAAGAACAAAAGUUACAAAAUGAUUUCGCGGAGAAGGAGAGAAAAUUGCAGGAGACACAGAUGUCGACAGCCUCAAAGCUGGAAGAAGCCGAACACAAAGUUCAAGCUUUGCAAACAGCCUUGGAAAAAACCAGAACAGAACUAUUUGAUCUGAAAACAAAAUACGAUGAAGAAACUACUGCAAAGGCUGAUGAAAUUGAGAUGAUCAUGACAGACCUCGAAAGAGCAAAUCAGAGGGCAGAGGUGGCUCAGAGAGAGGCAGAGACCUUAAGGGAGCAGCUCUCGUCAGCCAACAAAUCUCUCCAACUCGCUACACAGAUCCAGAAGGCACCUGAUGUGGAGCAGGCCAUCGAGGUGCUAACACGGUCCAGCUUGGAAGUAGAACUGGCUGCGAAGGAGCGGGAAAUUGCCCAGCUCGUAGAAGACGUCCAGAGACUCCAGGGCAGCCUCACCAAACUGCGGGAGAACUCCAGCAGCCAAAUCUCACAGCUGGAGCAGCAGCUGACUGCCAAGAACAGCACACUCAAACAACUGGAAGAAAAACUGAAAGGACAGGCUGAUUAUGAAGAGGUUAAGAAAGAAUUAAAUAUAUUGAAAUCCAUGGAGUUUGCACCAUCUGAAAGCUCUGGUGCACAGGAUGCAUCUAAGCCCCUGGAGGUGCUGCUGCUGGAGAAGAACCGCUCGUUGCAGUCUGAGAACGCCACGCUGCGUAUCGCUAAUAGUGACCUGAGUGGGUCAGCCAGGAGAAAAGGGAAAGACCAGCCUGAGAGUCAGCGUCCUGCAACCUUGCCGGCCUCCCCUCCUUCUCAGUUGCUCCGCAACGCGGGGGAGCAGGCUUCCAAUACUAAUGGUACACACCAGUUCUCACCAACGGGUUUAAGUCAAGACUUUUUCAGCUCAUCCCUGGCAAGCCCCAGCUUACCCCUGGCCUCCACAGGAAAAUUUGCACUAAACUCUCUCCUCCAGCGACAGCUAAUGCAGUCCUUCUACUCCAAGGCAAUGCAGGAAGCAGGAAGCACAAGCAUGAUUUUUUCAACAGGUCCUUACAGCACAAACUCCAUAUCUUCCCAAAGUCCAUUACAACAAAGUCCGGAUGUAAAUGGCAUGGCCCCAUCUCCCAGCCAGUCAGAAAGUGCUGGGAGCAUCUCUGAAGGCGAGGAGAUAGACACGGCCGAAAUUGCACGUCAGGUGAAAGAGCAGUUGAUCAAGCACAAUAUUGGACAGCGGAUAUUUGGACAUUAUGUGUUGGGACUGUCUCAAGGGUCUGUGAGUGAGAUACUAGCCCGGCCAAAGCCAUGGAAUAAACUGACUGUGAGAGGCAAGGAGCCAUUUCAUAAGAUGAAGCAGUUCCUCUCGGACGAGCAGAACAUCUUGGCUCUUCGCAGCAUCCAGGGUAGACAAAGAGAGAAUCCAGGCCAGAACCUGAACAGACUAUUUCAGGAAGUACCGAAACGAAGAAAUGGGUCUGAAGGUAAUAUAACCACAAGGAUCCGAACCACGGAGACGGGCUCUGAUGAAGCCAUCAAAUCCAUUCUAGAACAAGCCAAAAGGGAGCUGCAAGUACAGAAAACAGCUGAGCCGGCUCAGCCGCCUUCUGCAUCUAGCAGUGGCAAUUCUGAUGAUGCUAUUCGAUCCAUUCUGCAACAAGCCCGGCGCGAAAUGGAGGCACAGCAGGCUGCCCUUGAACCUGCCUUAAAAACACCACCUUUAUCUCAAGCUGACAUUUCUAUCCUGUCCCCCAAACUAGUAUCUACACCUGCAAUGUCUUCGGUUUCCAGCUUUUCUCCUUUGGCCAUGUCCCUGAAGAAACAUUCAUCUGUCACUGAUUCCAGUAUCUCUGCAUUGCAGAACCUCUCUGGGCUCAAAAAGGAGCCUCAGGAGGCACCUGGUUUAGAGCUUCAUGGAAUAAGUGAUUCUGCCCAGGGUAUGUUGAGGCAUGUUAAAAAUGAGUUGGGACGUGGUGGUGUUUGGAAGGACCAUUGGUGGAAUACUGUUCAGCAUGAGAGAAGAAACACGGCUCUUCCCGAAGACACAAAAGUUGAGGAGGCCAGUGUUGGAAAAGAAAAAGUCAGCAAUCAGACUAGGCCAGAUCGUAGCCAGCUUCAAGGACCAUCAUCUUCAGAGUAUUGGAAAGAGUGGCCAAACGCUGAAUCUCCGUACUCCCAGAGUUCUGAGUUGAGCAUGACUGGGGCAAGUCGCAGCGAGACGCCACAAAAUAGCCCCCUCCCUUCGUCCCCUAUUGUGUCUUUGUCAAAGCCAUCCAAACCUUCGGUUCCUCCACUGACACCUGAGCAGUAUGAGAUUUAUAUGUACCAGGAGGUGGAUACGAUAGAACUAACUCGUCAGGUCAAAGAAAAGCUAGCAAAGAAUGGCAUCUGCCAAAGGAUCUUUGGGGAAAAGGUAUUGGGGCUGUCCCAAGGAAGUGUCAGUGACAUGCUCUCCAGGCCAAAGCCAUGGAGCAAAUUGACCCAAAAAGGCCGAGAACCAUUUAUUCGUAUGCAGCUCUGGUUGAAUGGUGAGCUGGGACAGUGUGUCCUGCCCGCGCAAGGGCAGCAACAAGGACAAGUCCUUCACUCUGUGACAUCAUUGCAGGAUUCCCUACAGCAGGGAUGUGCAAGCUCAGAAAGCACUCCAAAGACUUCUGCCAGUUGCAGUCCUGCACCUGAAUCUCCUAUGAGCUCCAGUGAAUCAGUGAAGAGCCUGACCGAAUUGGUACAGCAACCCUGUCCUGCUAUAGAGACAAGUAAGGAUGGCAAAUCACAGGAAUCUAGUGAGCCACCUGCCUCCGAAUCCCAAUCUACAACACCUUUGCCUCUGUCUGGCCACUCAGCCCUCAGCAUUCAAGAACUGGUUGCUAUGUCACCCGAAUUGGAUACGUAUGGCAUUACGAAAAGGGUCAAAGAAGUGCUAACGGACAACAAUCUUGUGUGGCUGACAAGCCUAAAAAGCAGCAGAAGAGCCAGGAAAUGUGCCCCAAACUCUGCAUUAGGUCAGCGUUUGUUUGGGGAGACAAUCCUAGGGCUAACACAAGGCUCUGUCUCAGACCUUCUGGCUCGCCCUAAGCCCUGGCACAAGCUGAGUUUGAAGGGACGGGAACCCUUUGUCCGCAUGCAGCUGUGGCUCAAUGAUCCCAACAACGUGGAGAAGUUGAUGGAUAUGAAACGAAUGGAGAAAAAAGCCUACAUGAAGCGGCGGCACAGCUCCGUUAGCGACAGCCAGUCCUGCGAGUCCUCCUCGGCCGGCAUAGACUACAGCCAGGGCGCCAGCCCGCAGCCGCAGCACCAGCUGAAGAAGCCCCGCGUCGUGCUGGCCCCGGAGGAGAAGGAAGCUCUGAAACGAGCCUACCAGCAAAAGCCAUACCCAUCACCAAAAACCAUUGAGGAACUCGCGACGCAGCUCAACUUGAAAACCAGCACCGUGAUCAACUGGUUCCACAACUACAGAUCUCGCAUCCGUCGAGAGCUGUUCAUCGAAGAAAUCCAAGCGGGAAGCCAGAGCCAGGCUGGGGCGAGCGAUUCUCCUUCGGCUAGAAGCAGCAGGGCGGCGCACAGCUCGGAGGGGGACAGCUGUGACGGCGUGGACGCCGAAGGCCCACCUGAAGGGAAGCCGAGCGGCCCGGAGGCGGAUGAGUACAGCAAUGCAACCACAAAGUCUCAGGGAGGGCCAGCAGAGUCGGCUUUCGAAGCGGGGGAAGAGGCACUGCAGGGCGCCAGGUCUUCAGAGAAAACCGAGUCAUUCCACUUGGGAAUGGAGAGCCUGGAGGAUACUGAUGACGAGGGCAGGCUCAAAGCGCCGCGGCAAAGCUCUCCACCAGGAUCUCAGCGUUCAGGAGAAAGUCUGGAGACACUGCCAAACUCUGCUACGGAUGGGGAUGCCUCUACCUCAGCUGCCUCCACCUCAGUCCUUACAGGGGAGAGCUCCUACAAGCCGAAAGAAAGUUCGGAGAAAAUUCCCAGUGUGCCAAGUACGAGCUCGACGGUGGCCGCAGGCUCGCAGAAAGCCAACUCGAUUCAGAGCUUGUUCAGCUUCUCGGAGGCGGCGAGCUCCAAGAACACGCGAGACAACUCCUUGAGGAAAAAGAAAGCCGCAAACUUGAACAACAUAAUCCACCGCUUGGAGAAGGCCGCUAGUCGAGAAGAGGCCGUCGAGUGGGAGUUUUGAGAUUAAACUCACCCAACUCUAGAGAGCUGGGCAAGUUAAACUGGACCUCUACUGGUUUUAUUGUGUUGCGCACUUACCGCCCUGCGGGCCACAGGGCAAAAACGCCAUAGGCCAAGGUGCAUAUAGAAAACAAAAAAAGGAGCGUUAAGCCCAAUUUAUGUUUGUGUUUUCGAGGAAGAAAACUGAAAUGUGUAGUCAAGCUUUUUUGUACCCUGAAGUGUUUUUAUUAUUGCCCUAAGUGAUUUCCACAGUUUCUGGAAUAACUCAUACAGCUUUGCCUUGUGCCCUCCUCUUUGGUGUGGGCUUUAAAAAAACAAAAACGUAAAAAAAAAAAAAAUCGAACCCACAUAUUAAAAGGGGGCUUUUUAUCUGCCAUCUAAUGGCUACAGAGCGAUAAUACACUAUUAUCUUCUUAAACCAGGAAAAAAGGGGAGAUUUUUCAAAAAAAAAAGAAAAAAAAAAGAAAGUUUUUUGUAGCUGUUCAGUUGCCACUAAGAGAUUGCACAGUCAACCGACUCUAAACACACUAGUUUGGAUUCCUACAUAUUUUCAAGAAAAGAAAAGAAUCUUGUUGUUUGAAACUUUGAAUUAAAAAGAAAAAAAACACAUUUACUCCACAUAUUUUUUAACAAAACAAAAAAAAAAGUCACAUCAGGAAAAUAUCUUAAUUUGUGGUAGCUGACUUAGUGUUUUCUUGUAAGUGAAAUAGAAUAUUGACACGUAGUGCACAUUGUUUCAUAGCUUUAACUGAUUCUGGUCUUUUGCAGACCAGAAUUUGUUUAAUACACUCCAUUUUAGGCCAAAUCAGGACAAAAAAAAAAUCUGAAUCUAGGUAUUUUAUAAUCUGCUUUUUAACCUCUAACCACAGAGCACGCUGAUCAGACCUCAUAUCUGGGAGGUUUCGGAGACAACUUAGAACAGCCUGUACUUGAUCGUUUCACUCGGUUUGCCGUGUACCCAAUUUCCUUGCGUUAAAGACAGAUAGCUUAAAAAAAAACGUUGGCCAGUAACAUUUCAGCCUGCUACUUCGGGGACUUACUCUGUAACCCAAAGUGUCAAACUUACCUGGAGUCAAUUUAAGUAUGGUUUAUGUGUACGUUUGCUGUCACACACCACUAAGAGGGGCCUGGAGCUGCCGCGGAGAGAGAACUUCUCCUGCUGCGGGUGGCCAUUUACUGACUCUCUUCCCACCACAAGCACUGAUUUUAAAUACGUUUUAGUUGUGGGAAGCUUAUUUUUGCGUGGAAAAAAGAGUACAUGGCAGUGACCAGAUGGGCUCUUAUCAAGACGUACGUAGCCCAAACUCCAAACCAAAACAUUCGCGCUCUCGAGUCCCGGUCCAGACUACUCUGCCCUGCAGAAUUCCAGCCUUUUCCCAUUAUUUUAUGCACAGGUUAGGGCUGAUCAAAGUACAAAUCAAAUUCUAACUUGUCUCUAACUCCUCCUGUUGUCUAUAUGUAUAUGCGUGAGCAUAGAGGUGUGUGGAAGGAUGUGUGUGCGUGAGUGUGUGCGUGCAAUUUUAUACGUCUGUGUAUUUUCUUACGUACUUGUGCACACAUAGAGUGCAUUACUGCCACCUUUUUUCAAUAAGCUGUUUUAUCAGUUAUGGCUUCUACAAGUUUGCUAAUUUAGACUCCUUUAUUGCCAUAUCUUUAAAACUAACAAUAGAUGAUUUCGGAAUAUAUAUAUAUAUAUAAAUAUAUAUAUAUAUAAUUUUUUUUUUGCUUAUUUAUAGGUGCUGUAUUUUAUUAUCUGAUUGUUAGGAAGGGAUGAAAGGGGGCAAAUAUUCUUUAGAGGGAUAGACUGCCGGCAGUAUUGGGUAUAAUUUACAAGAUGUAGUUGUCAUACUGUAUAUUAUUGAUUGAAGACUUUUUGACCGUAUUGUGUAUCAUUGAACUUUUGUCUUAGGUCAGCAUCUUUUUGAUGACACUUUAAUGGUGCAUUCAUUACUUCUUAAGUUUAAUUAAUAUUACUUUUCUGAUUUUGGGGGAGGGAGGGUUGGGGAGAGGAGUUCCGACUUUAAAGGUAUGUUCCCAAUAUUACACCUCAGUGUGCUUGUAUUAAUUCAUUAGUAGGAUUUUUGACUGUAAGAUGUGAAACCACAUUUCUUGCAUGAUGUUUUAGAACUUAUGUAUUUCAUUUACAGUCUCUUAACAUGCAACAGCAGCACUUAGCGCAAGUUUUCACAAAUUAAGAAUCAGUACACUAAAACCAAUCCUUUUCAUGAUUAAGAAAAGAAGGCUCUAGGAGGCUGAAAGGCAGGGAUUUAUUUCCUAUAUUUACCGUUCGUUGUUUCAGGAUACCUCCUUCGGUAAUUGGGGACUUGUGAUGCAAAACUAAAAUUGAGAAACAGAGAGAGCAACUGCCCCUUUCUGUGACGAGCUGAGGAGACAAUUUGUCAUAACAAACCCGGGUAGAUGAGAGCACUUGCUGGAAGCAGUUACGGCUGCUUCCUCUCUGGGAUAGCGUUAGUCUGGGAAAACGGCUAGCAGGGAAAAUAACGCGGUGAAUCCAGUGUUAUCUCCCUGCAUCCAUACAGUGUUCCGGUUUGACUUAGAAAGCACAGUUCCACCUAUAAAUGCACGUCCUGUUCAAAAUACGCAUACCUUAGUACAAGUCUUAGCAAGGUGUGUCUUCAGCUAAGAAACAGAAUUUCUGACUAGAAGACCCAGAUGUUUUCUUACGUUCUUUUUUUCUUUUUUUUUGUUGUUUGGUUCAAGUUGGGUUUUUAUUGUUGUUACUUCUAGGCAAUGCAUUUGCCAGUCUUUCCACUGUCCUUUUUUGCUAAUUUGAGAUCCAGGUGCUUGAUGUGGUUAUAUUCUUCUUUCUUCACAGCGGUUUUCUUCUGGUUUAUGAUUUUUUUUUUUAAUUAAUAUUCCCCAAACUAUUCUUGUGCCUGUGUCUAUAUGAUUGCAUUCCAUAAUGCUUACCGAGAGCUCUGGCUGCAUAACAGAACUGCAGAACUGUAUUCGCAGGAUGAGUGCAAAUGCAGCAUUUUAGGUCAAUCUCUCUUCUUAAUAAGCAAUACGUAAGUGCCUUGAAACUUAUUAUAUCUUUUUUUCUGUUUCUUUUUGUGUUGCUUUUCAGGUUUCCGCUCGCUCUUUAGCAUUCUUUAGCGUCUGCCCGGUUUUUAAUGCUAUAAUGGUUUUUUAAAAAGCAUAUCUGUAGCUUGCCCUAGAGGAAAUGUUUCCUUUAUAACACUAACUGUUAAUUCUAAGCUCCAUUUUUACAUCUGAAUCGUGUAAUUUUGCUGGAUAAAGACAGCAUUUAUAAGUCAGAAGUCACUCCGUCCUGCCAAGGGUUGUCACUGGUAUCUAUUACAAAAUUAAUCAAAUAAAAUGCUGUCAGUAUUUCCUAUAUUUUUGGCACUUUAUUAAUGGCUUAGCUCUUUUUGUUGUUUUGUAUUUAAUGAUCUGCGUUGAAUGUGGAUUAGACGGCUAGGAUGCUAUUGCAGUGACCCCGGCCCUCCGGCUGGGAGCCGCUUUGGCGUUCCUUAGCCACCGCCGUAGUGAAGGGCACGGGCAGACGUACGCUCUCAGAUCAUAUAGUUUUAAGUUAUGUUCCCAGCUGUUUGUUACCGAUCUUUAGCUAAGGUCACAGCUGCUCUUCUCUUUCAGUGGAAAGUAAAACGGAUUAGCUUAACGUGCUGCUGCGAUUCUCCUUUUGGAGAUGAGCUACCUACCAGCUUUCCAACCUGGCAAAGACCUUCCUGGUUUAGAGACGCGACUUCAGCGAGGUUGAAAGCUUUUAGCUGUAUUUCUAAUCGAGUGUGGCAUCUGAAAGUAACGCUUUCAGGAAACUGCAUGCUGGAAUAACGUUUUUCCUUGAUUAAAAGAAAAGGAAAAAAAAAAGUUGGAGGAGAAGAAAUUCCAAAGAGUGACAUUGUGGCUUUUUACCCUCUUCAGUCACUGAUUAAAGCGGAAAGGUGAAAGGCUGUUAGGCUCUCAGGACGGCAUGGGCUAAUCUCUCGGGGAGUCAUUUUGUGAGCACACAACAUGGAAAUAGAGCACUCGCCGAAGACUUUUCUUUUCCUGAGAGAUAAAAGCACAGGUAGACUCUGGCUUUAUGGGUUUUCUGAAAACUCUUUUUUUUUCCCUUUGAAAGCAUUUUUACUUUCUUUCUGAUCCCAAUUCCUUGCUCUUAUUAAAGCAGUGGAGGAAGGGCCUAGGCUAUUUUAACAUAAAUACCUUCAUGCUGCAGUUAAAAUUGUCAUUUUUCUUUCUGGUUGGCUAGGGAAGAGAAAAAGCAUAAUACUUGGUUUAGCUAAAAGCAGGUGAGGAGUAUCCCUUGGCAGAGGGCAGAUACAGUAGGCUUGUCGUUAUACUUCCAUUUUUGAGAAUACAGAUUUCAGCCAGCAGGACUGCACAUUCUCAUUGGCAGAAAUGUUUUUAAUUACAGUUGUUGAUGCCAUAGAAUUUGACCAUUUUAUUUAAUUCACCUGUAAAAUGUAUAUAAAUGCCACUCUUUAAGGGAACCUGUAUCAGUGCAGUCUGCCCAUAUUGUGAAUUAGUGGGUCCUGUAAUAAUAAACUCUUCACUGUAAUGAGAAACAUCUAUCUUACAGUUAAAAAGAAAAAGCAAAAUUGUGUGCCUUUCUCAUUAGUUGAGAGACCUUCACAUUAUUUUCAUGUAACCUUUUCCUACGGGAAUGCUGUAGAGAGGGGGUUAAUGAACGCUACGCAAUUCUAUGCAAUAUUCUCUGAUCCAAUUACUGAAAAGUUACUGUUUCCAGUCCUUUACCAGUAGAAAUGGGAGGCCAGAGAAGUGCAUCAUUCUGGUGAUAACUCAAAUUCUAAAGCUGAUGAAUUUACAUAAAGUUAAGGAAAAAUGUGACCAGCUAACGUAAUGAAAUAAUGGAAAAUGCUAACAGCAACUGCAGUCCCCGCUAGCACAGUUGCAGUCAGGGGUCUGUCAUUUGCCAUCAUAAAAUUACUACUUCCAAGUAGUUGUAGAACUUAUGCGAAAUAAAAAUGCUCUUGGCAAAAACAGGGCAGGUUAGAAAUGAAAAAACAUUUUGACACAUACAGAUUUUGAGAAUACACGAAAGAAAGUAAUUGGGUUUGGACACUUCUUUGCACUUAAAUCCAAAACCAUUUCUUUAUUUAAACUGAAACAUUGCAGUAAUCUGGACUAGUGCCUUUAGCAAGGUUGCAGAGAGAUCAAUAAUCUUACUUAGCAGAGCAAUUUGUUGCAAACAGAAAGAAAAGUCGUGACAUUUUUAACAUGCAGAUGGAGGGCACUGUUUUUGCUUCAUUUGUGUCUCCUUCUAACAAGUGAGUUUCUUAAAUUGUGUUUCUUGCUUGCCUCCCUCAGUAUACGUGUCCCAGAAUAUUCUCUGUCUUAAAACCACUCUGUAUGACCGAGUUCUGUGCUGUGAGCAUUUCUUGAAGACUAUCAGAAAUAGAGGGGGGAGGAGAAGAAAAGUUGAUUCUUAAGCUGGGGGCCUGAUUUAACAUUCAUGAAAACCAGAUCAAGUCUUUCCUUUGACAUAAAUGGCUUUUUGUCCCAUAAUGCGACAAGCUGCUUAUGUCCUCAUAUUCCUAAUUUUAACUCACACAGAUAUAACACCUGUAAGGUAAUAUUCAGUUUAGUCAUAGGUUUGGCAUGCUACUUUCCCUUGCACUUUCUGUUGCCCCGCUGUUUGAACAUCAACAUUUUCUUCCUUUGUGUUGCAUAUACAAUCAACUUAUUUUUUAAAAAAAAUAGAGAAUUUUAAAUUCUGUACAAAUAAAAGAUUUUUUUAAGCAGUUUAAACUCUUGCCAGAUGAUUCUAAAUUGCAAGAAGGAUCACUGGCUUGGAAAGCACAAGAUCCAAAUUUCUUUUCUGGCUCAGUCUCUGGGUUUGUAAAGUGACCUAGUGGUCCCAGUCUCCUUCACAAGCGUGUUUGAGCUCUAAGAUGUAGAACUACUGUUUCACCAAUUCCUUCCUUCCUCCCCAUCCCUUUUGUGGGAUGUAUUGACUAUGCCAUAUAUUAAAUAUAUUUAAUAAUGAACUUAAAAGCGAGACAAACCCUUUAUGCUAUGCCUAAGGACUGAUCUGUCCUACAUGACCGGGUCAUGUAUUAAACCCUAACCUAUUAAUAUGCAAGGAUAAGAAGUUUUUGUGCUCAGAAGGUGAAAUUUAUCCUUUUGGAGAAGGUUAGCAUUAGGCCUGUGCACUUAAGUUUUCAGAAGCCUUAAAAGUAGGUAUGUUACGUGGUGCCAUCUCUCUCCUCAGGGAUGAUUUUCACCCCAGUCAAGCGGUACUGUGGCAUGUGUAAUAUAACUUACUAGUUGUAAGGUCAUUUUCCAGUUGACAGAACUUGUUUGUUGAAUUUUGUUAGUGAACCUGCUUUCCCCAAACCCUGAGCCCUCAGUCUCCGACCCAAAGUCCUUUGGCGAUCUGGGGGAAGUGUGUGUUUCUACAGCUAUUUUGUGGAUGAAAAUAAAAGGAUCUGAUUUCCAGGGUUGAUUUGCUAUUAACAAACAUAUCCGGGCACAAAAGGGCAUUGAAAGGAAAUCUGUCCUUUUCAAAAAUUAAUGAGAUUAUUGUAUUUUUUCUUGUCUAGCUAUGCUACAAAGGACAGUUUCUGCCGUUGCUCAAGUUUGCGUAGCUCACACUGAUGUUAGCAGAAGUCAUGCGCAUGCAAGAGUUUUGCCACGGUUCUCUAGAUUUCUUAUUACUGAAACUGUUGUCUUUGUAGUGUCGUUUCUGCUUGUUCAUAUGCUGAAACAGCCAAGUGCAGAGAAUGACUAAAUCUUUAACCAUAACAAAAUAACAUGGAGGAAACAGUACAACGGAAUCAGAUGCCUAAACUCCCCAUGACAUCUGUGUUUUUGGCUUUUCAUUUUAUUCUUAGAGGUAUUUGUGCUACCUAAGUACAAUGUUCAUCCAAAGAGCCGUGAAAAGUGGAGAGUCAUCCCAGGAGUUUCCUGCUGUUACGGCGGCAUACCUGCUUUUUGCAUAGUUACUGUGUAAUUUUGUGGUAAUGUUCAUAACAGCACAACCUCUCUAUUGGUAACAAUAAUAAUGGCGUUGUAUUAUCAUCUUCUGUCUAUGCGGGUAAUCAAUAUGCAUUUUUAGGAGUUGUUAAGUGUGUAUAUGUGCAUGAUUCCAGUACGGAAAAGCCCCAGUAUAUGUGUCCUAGUUACAUGCUAGACCUUAAAGGCGCAGUAGGAUUGCUGCAGGCAACCGGGUGCAGAGUAUCAUCUGGGGCAUAAGUGAGUGGAGGCUUAAAACCAGUAUGUAUUUUAAUGCAUAGGAUGCUGUUUUCCCACUUGUCCAAUAAGAUCCAUGUCGUAAAGUCAGGAUUAGACAUCUGAGAAGAUCAGAUUGUUUGAAACAUGGGUUUAGUGAGCACGAAUAGGGGAAAGAUCCCAUUCAGAAUACAUAAAAAUAAUGCUAAGGGUCUGAGGUGUGCAAAAGUGAAGUGAUUUGAAGUUAGGGGUCUAACCUCAUCGGUAACGUCGAGCACCCAGACGUGUGUAGGUUUUGCUUUGAGGUGGCUUGCAGGAAACUGAUACCGUCGAUACUCUCACGUGUAAAAUAGACUCUGCUAUCUCUAAGUGCAGUGGGAAGGUAACCAGUACCAAAAUUUGCAAGGUGUUUAAAACAGCCAAAAAACAGUUGAUGGAUAAAUUAAGCCCAGUAUCAAAUUAAAAGAAGCAGUUCAUUCUUGCUUUCCCUCCUAGCCUGGAAAUGUAAGUAUUCUUAGAAAUGAGGCUGACAUUUUCUUACGAAGCUCCUCUCAGGAGGUUAUCGGCUGCGUUUUCAAGAGGAGAAGUAAAACUCUCGGCAGGUGACUUGCUCCAUAAUCCAACCUAUCUCCAAGUAACUAAAGAAAGAUUUUUUUUCUACGAUCAGUCUUGAGUCAGGCUUCGCUGGCUUUUGUUAGCCGCCUUAGACCCUUGGUACUAUUUCCAUGUAUUAUUUGGAUGUGGGUAAAUUAUUGCUAGCUUUAAAAGUGUUUCCAAAGUACCCAGUUACCUCUGGAUGCCAGGAGAGCCCGUGCAGGGAGUCGGUGAUGGCCUCGUUGCUGACGGGGGAACGCGCACGGUGACAUCCGCGCCGUGCUUUUCGCUGUGCUUUAUCGGGCUUCCGCUUCCUCCCUGCCGCCUCCGAAAGGUGCAGGUCGUGGAGCGCGGCUUUCGCGGGGAGGGAGAAGGUUUUAGUUUGGCUGGAAAUGAUUUUAUUUUAGUUCAGCGUGCGCGUCACCAGGAUCCUGUACGCAACUGCAUUCCCAGGAAGUUUUUAGUUUCAGCUGCUUUCAAAGACGUUACUGUCGAGCAGACUUUCUGUACUCGGAAAGCUAUGUGCCUUAUUUUGUAACCUCUCCGUGGAGGAUGAUCGAAAGCACAGCGAUCUAGACGGCAGCGUGCGCCCGGUUCUCGUUCAGCGGCACGCGUUUCGGCGGCCCGCGGCGGCUGGGUGGCUCCCUUGGCCGGCGAGCGCUGGCCCCGGCGUGGGACAAGGCAUCUUCCCCGGGGGGAACCUCCCUCCACGGGGGCUGCAGCAGCGCGGGGGCACCUGGGUGACCCCCAAGGCAGAAUCCCACCCCACAUAGCAGCCCUAGGUCUGCCGGCGUUCGCGAGACACUCGCGGGCUUGGGCCGCCGCUGCCCCCCGCCCCGUUCCUUGCCGCUGCCCCUCGCAGAGCCGGGCCGUCUCUGGCCCGGAGUCGUCCCAGGCUUCAUUCGGCCUUGGCUUCGGACAGGCUUUUACCCACCGACAUCCUCAGCCCUUAGCCGCGCUCGUGCGUUAGCUUCGAAGCUUGCUCUCUCUACAGCAUCAUAAGGCGAAAUACAUACAGGUGGUUUUGUAAUUAGGAGGAACAAUCUAAUAUUUCCUAUUUAUGAUGAAAUUGUUCUUAAGAGUUUCUUUCUUCUUUUUCUUUUUUGAAUAUAAACACAACAGGAGUAUGCAUAUCCCGUAGACGGACAUUGGCGAAUGUUUGAGCUGGUGGUUGAGUGGGGUGGUAUCUGCUCGUCUUAAUAUCCAUAUCACCGUGCCCCUGUUGUGUUUUCUAGAGCAAUCAUUUUUUUAAAGAAGUAUUUUAUCUAAAUGCCUAAUAAAUAAUAUUAUUUAAAUAGUUUAAAAAGUAAUUUAGGACUGAGAUGAAAAAGCCUCAGUCGGGAGAGAAGAGACUUAAAAUAUACAGAGAGAAAAUACCCUUAGCCUCCUAGAGCCUCUACUGAGAUGUCAUGAAGAUGCAGUGCCCCUUGCUCGAAGUACAUUGCCAUUAACUGGAGAGUGUUAAUUGGAAAUGAGAGACUGGUUUCCUGUGACGUUCAUCUUUGUUGGCAUAUGUUUUGAUUUCUGAAUUCAAAGCUGGUUUUCCUUCUCGUUCCAAGUUGCUCAAACAAAACAAAACCAAACCCAGAGAGCCGGCCUCGUGCAGCAGCAGCGGCCGUGCCCGGCGCGAGCCCCGGCGAGGGGCGGCGUGGAGCGGCCGGCGCCCGGGAGGAGCUGCUCCGCUCUCCUGCCGUGCCGAAACGCGUCCGGACAGGCGUCCCCUGGCUCGGCCCCGCGCCGUGCCGCGAAAGCUGGGCCAGCGCAGCCCCAAACGCGGGGCGCUAGGAGCAGCGUCGCGGGGCCCCCGGGGCGGCGCAGUCCCCGGGGCGGAGGUGCCGGCGCUGCGCCGGCGGCGGGGUCGGAAGCGAAUUUGCACGUUGCCUUUCGAGGGGGUCCCGCUAAAAACGUCCGCUUGAUUCCCGACGCGAGGGUCUUUCCUUCCGGCAUAGGCUGAACGACAAAAAAAAAAAAAAAAAAAAAAAAAGGCAACUAUUGGAUAACCUCUGCGGAAAGUUUGCAUCUGUCAGAAUACUCUAUGCAUUUCUGUGUUGAAAACUGUUUUUCUACCGUUCCUCUUGCAAAUCUGGGCACCGUGCGUCCCGCUCGCUGUAAAUGCUCCGAGAAUGUCAAAUGGAUGAAUUUGGAUGUGAUUUCCAAAGCAAAUGGAGGCUGGCUGGGUCGGGGAGGGGGUCGGGGGGGUUCUUUUUCUUUUCUUUUUCUUUUUUUUUUUUGUUUAAUUGUUUCCCUCAUGUCCCUUUUUCUUUUUUUUUUUUUUUAAUUAAAAAAAUUAACUCUUUGCAUUUGUGCAAUAACUACUUGCCAUGAUAAUGGGCAGACCUUUGAAAUGCCCCGACUACUAACACAGCACAAGAUGAACUCAAACAGAAAGUGGUGUACUUUUUCCUGAGAACUUUUUUUUUUUUAAUAAUAAGCUCAGUUUUUACCCCAGUGUAUUGUGGUGUCUUACAUUUUUAGCAGUAUUUUAUAUUUUUUCUGUAACGCACUAAGUCUUAGAUGUUUUUAGAGCUUGUUUGUUAUAUUCACAAUCACAGAUUUAAAAAAAAAAAAAAAAAAGAUCCUCACAAAGACCCGAUUGACCAAAAAAAAAGUGUCAUUUUUUUUUUUUUUUUUGUACAAGUAGCUUUGAGAAGCCCACAUUGUGUUGCUGUGACUCAUCUUUUGUAACAUUUUAUUUCUUGGUAUUUGUUUAAACAUAAAAGUAAGAGUUUAUAUGGCUGGCAGUAGCGGGGAAGCGCUCCCUCCGUCAGCAGAAUGGCAUUGUUUCUUCUGUCUUUGUUUGGUUAGCCAUAUAAUGUUUGUUCUCAGCACUGUACAACGGUCCCUAUAUGAUAUGGAGAAGCAAUAUCACUGUAUGAAACUCACACGAUGUAUUAUUAUUAUUAUUAUUCACUAGCACCCUAGGUGUGAUAAUUGAAGUAAAUAUCUUUUAUACAAACACAA